CAGCCGACCGGUUAUCAAACUCGUUUUUGACGUGUUUCUUUACCGAUGGAUCAUAGGCCGCCUCGCCGCCAUUUUUGUUCCGGCCGGAUCCGUGUGUGCAGGGGGAGUCGCGUGCUGCAAGUUAAGAGUCCCAGCACCUCUGUCGAUGCGGAGGUCACGGCCGCCACCGCCGACCCCGACGAGGGCACCAGCGCGAGCGGGCCGCCGGCGAUGGACAUUGAGGAGAGCUGGCUCGUUAUCGACGAUGCAGUCGACCACCUGCUGCACCGCGCUGCAGUGAGCACGGAGCUGUGUUUCAGCCAUCCCCAGUACCCAUGGCCGCAAGUUCGAGCUGGCAUACUCUACGUGGAGAAUGAGACGGUUGUCGAGUUCUAACCUCGGCGGUCGAC